AUGUUGUAUUUGUUUAUGUGUGCGUUUAUUUAUGAAAUUUGUGAAUUUGUUGUCUGUAUUUAUUACUUCUGUUUACUUGCCAGUGAAAGUUUCAGUAUUGUAUAGUUUAUAAGUGGCCCAUACAAAUCUGUUGUGUGAAAUUUUUUUUACAUCUGGUAGAUUAUAAAUUAUGAUUUUCAAUAAAAUACAUUUAAUUUGGCCACUCCAUUAACUUUAGGAGCAUUUUCCUCAUUAUGUUCUUGUAAAGAUAGGAUCAGUAUGUUGCAAAUUUGAAUAGUUGUUCUAUCAAUUAAAAUUUCAAGUUUAUAUAGAGGUUUGGCUAAUGUGGUUUAUAGUAGUUCUAGUGAUCUAGGAUAGGCGUAUCUCUUAUCAUCAUUUGUGAACUUUCUAGAACUUUCAAGGUUGAUAAUCCUCCAGGUUUCCUGUACAUGUAAAUGGAAGCUGCUUUGCAGAACUGGACUUCUUAAUUUUUCCCUCAUGAUUUGUCUGAGUGGUCUGGUCUUAUUACAUGAAAGGUUCCAUGUAAGCUCUUGACAGAAGCUUGAUUGAUAGCUUCAUUGUCCACGCGCUUGGGCUUUCAGGAUGAUUGUUCAUGUUGUUGGGUUCUUUUUAGAUGACAUGAUCUAUUCUGUAUCUAAUGGAAUUGUGAUUGGAUGUUUAGGUCUGGUAUAAGGUUGGUAGAUUUGAAUGACAUAUUAGUUUGUUCUUUGUUGACUUGGAAAUGCAAUCGAUGGAUUUAUGAAGAUGUUGAUUUCUUGAUGAGGGAACCGUGUAGGAUUCUGUUUCAAACUUUCCUUCCUAUUCACCUUUUUCUUUCAAUGGCCAUGCCCUUCAUUGCUUUCAGUGUACUUUACAUGGACUUCUGGAAAUAGAUGAGCUGUGCGAUGACUGGGUUCCAGAACCCCUUAUUCCUCAUCUGAGUAAAGAGAUGCAGUAUGAAUCACCAGUGCUAGAGAGUGCUGCAGGGCCACAUGCCAUAAUUAAUGGUAAAGGUGUUGUGAAUUUUGCUUCAGCAAACUACCUUGGGUUGAUAGGUCAUAAAAAGCUACUCGAGUCAUGCUCUUCUGCUCUUGAGAAAUAUGGUGUUGGUUCUUGUGGUCCUCGUGGGUUUUAUGGAACAAUUGAUGUGCACCUUGACUGUGAAGCCAGAAUAGCUAAGUUUUUGGGAACCCCUGAUUCAAUUCUCUACUCCUAUGGACUUUCCACCAUGUUCAGUGCAAUUCCUGCUUUCUCAAAAAAAGGAGAUAUUAUUGUUGUGGAUGAAGGAGUCCACUGGGGGAUACAGAAUGGGCUUUAUCUUUCUAGAAGCACGGUGGUGUAUUUCAAGCACAAUGACAUGAAUUCUUUAAGAGAAACUCUUGAGAAAAUUAGUACAAAAAGCAAGAGAGCCAAGAAAGUGAGGCGCUAUAUUGUUAUUGAAGCUGUCUACCAGAAUUCUGGCCAAAUUGCACCCUUAGAUGAGAUCAUUAUGUUGAAGGAGAAAUACCGUUUUCGUGUUUUGUUAGAUGAGAGCAACUCAAUUGGUGUGCUUGGAAGUACGGGAAGAGGUCUCACUGAAUUUUAUAAAGUUCCAGUUGAGAAGUUAGAUAUUAUAACUGCUGCUAUGGGACAUGCAUUAGCCACAGAAGGAGGAUUCUGCACUGGAAGUGGAAGAGUUAUAGAUCACCAACGACUGAGUAGUUCUGGCUAUGUCUUUUCUGCUUCACUUCCCCCGUAUCUUGCUAGUGCUGCAAUCACAGCUAUUGACAUUUUGGAGGAAAGUCCCAAUCUGAUUACUAGGCUGAAAAAUAAUAUUUCUAUAUUGCGGAAAGGAUUAUCGAAGAUAACAGGCUUAACAAUAGCAAGUAAUCCAGAGUCGCCGAUUGUUUAUUUGAGAUUAGAGAAGUCUACCGGUUCCAUGAAAGAUGACCUGUCUUUGCUUGAAGAUAUUGCCGAGCGUGUUUUGAAAGAAGAUUCUGUAUUUGUGGUCACUUCCAAGAGAUCAACGUUGGACACAUGUCGAUUGCCUGUCGGAAUCAGAUUAUUUGUCUCUGCAGCGCAUUCAGAAUCCGAUCUUCACAAGGCAUCUGAAUCAUUGAAAAGGGUUGCAGCAUUAUUGCUUAGUGGUCGUCAUUGAACGUGGCACAUCUCUCCUGUCCUCUUGCUGUAUGUACUGAAACCUCUAAACAUCAAAUACCGUCGAUGGCUUGUUGAGCGAUUUUGCAAUGGAGGCCAAUCAGAAAAAAAGGGGGAGCUUCUGUACUUGUUGAUAAUUUAUGCAAAUUUUAAAAUUUGAUAUUUCAUGGUAUCAAUUUUUGUGUUUCCUGAUGACUUCAGAUGUAGAAUGAGAGUACAUGGCUUCUAAUCAUGAGCAGAUGGUAAUAGGCCUAAUAAAGAAUAACAUCCAGUAA